GAUAGUCGGAGAGAUGGCUGCCGGGACGCUGCAGAUCAGGCCGAGGGCGAAGAGCUUGUGGCUGCUGGUGCGCCGGCUGCUCUGCCGCGGCAACAAGCUGCACAGACCGCCCGCGGGCGCCGGGGACCAGCAGGGAGACGGCUGCGGGGAGAAGAGGAGCCUACUCCUCGGCCGGAGCGGCUCGCUGGAGGAGCUCCUGGGCCCGGACGUCGCCGGCGCCGUCCGCCGCAGCGCCAGGAAGGACCUCGAGGUCCAGCACGUGCUGCUGCCCGAGCGGCAACGGCAGCAUCACGCGGACAUGGAGUUGGUUCGCCCCGAGGUAACCACGGCGGACGCGCCGCUGGCAGUUAGCGCCGCAGCCGUGCAGCAGUACCGGAGGUUCAUGUUCGGCGGGUUCCGGCGGCGGCUCAUGAUGCGGAGACAGUGGCGGCCGAUGCUCGUCGCCAUCCCGGAGUGAUCCGCCGUCCAUCGGUCGUACCGACGUCGUGCUCCGUCCCGUGGAAUCCGGCUGCCAUGUUCGUGCGGAUAUGUGGGUGUAGCUUUUCUUUCGUGCUGUCGAGUUGUUCCGGCCCUUGCUUUGUUCGUUUCUUGCUGCCCUCGCAGAGAGGUUGAUGCUGCUGCUGUGGUGGUCCAUGUAGUAGCGAUGUUGGCACAUAACUUUCGACAUUGUUAUUCUUGGAAGCAUCUUCAACAAAUCUCUGCUCAGCAGCUCAUGGAAUAAGUUUGGAGAGCGACUAUACG